UCGAUGGAAGACGACUUAUUCGGUACAUCCAUCUGGGGGGCAUCCACUUCGUCCGAUCCUGUCUUGCAGGCACCCCCGAAACCUGACUCGGACUUCUCUGCCUUCGGAGACUCAACAGUCCGGCAUGAGGAGCCAGAGACGGGUGACGAUUUUGAUGACUUUGGACCUCCACCAGAGAGCGCUGGAGAGGAUCAGGAGGAUGACUUUGGGGACUUUGGAGAUUUUGGAGACGUGCAAGCAGUGGACAGCGUAGGGGCGUUCGAGGAGGAAGUACCGUUCGCCGAGGAACCGCGAGCACCACUAUCGGUGCUUGAUGAUUGGAAACCGCUGCAAGUAGAUCCUAUACCGAGCAAAGAGGAGCUGGAGGAGCAAGUUGACUAUAUACUCCGGCCUAUAUGGGCUCAUGACGACUACCGAGAAGUCUUCACGGACGAAGAUGUCAGACAAGCGGAGGGCCCGAGUCAAAUAUUAGUGUCUCCAGAGAGUCGCGAAUUCUACAAGAACCUAUUCAAGGAGCCGCCCACUACCAAGGUUCCGAACUGGACUCGAUCCGAGAUCAGGAGACGACAUCUUAUUGCCCUAGGCAUACCGGUCAACCUCGACGAGAUACUGCCGAAGACGAACGGAAAGGCGUUGCCACCAUUGCAGAUUACUACACGACCAAUGUCUGCGCCGCCUGGCCCCCGAGGGGAUCCAUCGUCGAAUGCCCCUUCACCAAGCCGCUCGCGUGUGCCUACACCGCGCUCUGGUACACCUCAACAGCGUGAUAGACCUUCCACCGCGGCACAAUUGGGUUUAGGUCCCAAGCCGGACCUCGAUCAAGGCAAGGUUGAUAGUCUCCUCUCACUCGACGCAGAAUCAAUGGCUUUGAUGCCCUUACCGAAGCUAGAGUCUUGUCUACGUGACAUACGCGCCCAGACUGCAAAUGCGUCUGCACUCUUGACGUACCUCCUACAGACGAGGGAUGCCCUCCAGCAGGACUCGGAGACAUACAAUUCGUUGAUUGCCGAACUCAUAUCGGAGGCUCAGAAGACAAAGGUCAACAAAGGGAAGACACCAGCCCGUAGGAGCAGCGGAAUGAGAUGAUACAGUCAGCCGGACGCAUCCCAGCGACCCGCAUGCGCCUUCGAGAAAGCGGGAAGGUGUCGUCCGUCGCUUGCAGUCUUAUAGAUCAUCCCGUACACCUGACGGAGGGCUUCAAGAGGAGCGGCGAAGGCGCGACAGAGGCGGGCAGGACGUCUACAUCAUACCCUAAGCGCACCUAUUACGUAUAUGCGUGUUACCCUAGCAUAUUCUUGCAUGCCAUUUGGUAGUUGU